CUGACUGAAUAUUGGCCCCUUUAUGAUCAAUAGUCUGUGAUUUCUGAGAGGAACCAAAGGAUUCGAUAUUUUAUCUGAAGCUGUCAGACAAGAAGCGCUUGUUCUUUCAGUAAAGGGAGUUUAUUAAGCUGUCUUGCUCAAGGACAGUCCGAAAGGAGGAACUAGUUGUGGUCAGGAGUUGAACCUUGGACUUUUUUUCUUUCUUUCUUUCUUUUUUUUUAGUAUGGGACUAUCUAUCUAUAUCCGCCAGGUUGCUCACACAGCCACAUCAACACCUGCAUAUACAUUCAAUAUGUGGAAACUCGAUUGUCACGGUGCUACUCCGAGUGGGGUUUAUUCUGUUUUCAAACAUUUCAGCGCUGUUUUGGUUUCAUCGAGUGGCAAAAGUACAUAACUCCUGUUUCACGUUAUUCAGCUCAGAGAAAACAUCCCGAUCCUCGGUGACUAUUGAAAAAUAUUUUUACACCUUAUAUUCGAACUAGAAAGAGCCCGUCUAAUAUCUACUGCUUUGGAAGCUAUGCGCAAUGAACACAAAGACAUUUCAACAGCUCCCUGUGCCAACAUCGGUGUCUUUGCGCAUCUUAGAUGGAGCAAGGGGAACUUUGUGGUUCUGAUAUACUUUUUUUUUGACAACCCCAGAAGCGGAAACAAUUUCAGAGUCAUGGACCGCUAUACCUUAUUAAUUUUGUCAGUAUUAAACGAUCACACGACCAUUGCGCGCAUUUUUUUUUAUCAAGUAUUCAAGACGUUAAAGCCUCAUUUCACCGGACAUUACUAAUUCCAGCAAUCUGUUUGUGGAUCAUUUCUAAAAGGAAGAGCCAAUUGACUUACUCGAACCAUAAUGUGUGCUUAAAGGACUCCAGUGUGACUUGGAUAAAAGCGCUCCGCAUCGUUUCAUUCAAGUCUGGAUAAAAUUGCUGGUCUAAUUUCUGCAGUAGGACGCAAAUAAUUCCCAAUGUGGCCAUGGCUAUUAACCAUCAAGCUGGAGCCUGAUCAACCAAGCUUCUCUGGUGCUACACUAAAUGGACACUCAGAAUAUGUCAACCGAGCACGAGAAAGCCCAACGGACUGCUUAACACUUGCUGUUCCAUCUGAGUAGGAGGUGGCAACAAAAGACCAAAUGCCAUGGAUGCAUUCAAUUUCACAUAUUGGAAUGCCUCUGAAGGCAAUGACACAGAAGUUGUGGAAGAGAGCGAAAGCGCCUACAAGACUGUGGAGGUGGUGUUCAUCGUGUUGGUGGCUGGUUCCCUCAGUUUGGUUACAGUUAUUGGAAAUAUCCUAGUCAUGCUUUCCAUCAAAGUUAAUAGGAACUUACAAACUGUCAACAACUACUUUUUAUUCAGCCUUGCAUGUGCUGAUCUCAUUAUUGGACUGUGCUCGAUGAACUUGUACACAGUCUACAUAGUGAUUGGCUACUGGCCCCUGGGGCCAGUGGUGUGUGACUUGUGGUUAGCAUUGGACUAUGUUGUCAGCAAUGCAUCUGUCAUGAAUCUUCUCAUCAUAAGCUUUGAUAGAUACUUCUGUGUCACCAAGCCCCUCACCUACCCUGUCAAAAGGACCACCAAAAUGGCAGGAAUGAUGAUUGCGGCUGCCUGGGUCCUGUCUUUCAUCCUAUGGGCGCCCGCUAUUCUCUUCUGGCAGUUCAUUGUGGGUGGACGGACAGUGCCUGAGAAGGAGUGCUAUAUCCAGUUCUUUUCCAAUGCUGCCGUUACUUUUGGCACAGCCAUUGCCGCCUUUUACCUACCUGUCAUCAUCAUGAUUCAGCUCUACUGGCAGAUCUCAAGAGCAAGCAAGAGCCGUGUGAAGAAGGACAACCGGAAGCCAUCCGGAGCAAUCCCUGAAUCUAUCUCACCAGGCCAGAGGAGAAACAACACUCCAAAAUCUAACAACAACAAUGUACCAGGGGAAGAUGCGGGGCAUUCGCAAAGCCAGAAUGCUGCUGAUGGGGCAAACCAGCAUGACGGAAAACUCCAGAAUGGCAAAGGGCCUUCCUCAACCACUGCUGAGGGAGAAACUGAAGGUGAUGAUGCAGCAAGGGAGAACUGUACUCCUGGAGAGGAAAAGGAAAGCUCCAAUGACUCAACAUCUGGCAGUGUGGCUGCUUCCAAUCAGAAGGAUGAGGAACCAGCACCAUCCACAGCCAACUCCAGUCUUGAGACAAACCAGCCAAUCACACGUCAGCGAGCCAAAGCAGGGGGCUCCAAGCUGACAUGCAUUAAGAUCAAGACUAAAUCGCCCAAAGGUGACUGCUACACACCAUCUAAUGCCACUGUUGAGAUUGUCCCAACCUCAGAGCGGCAGAACCAUGUGGCUCGGAAGAUUGUGAAGAUGACUAAGCAACCUCCAAACAAGAAGAAGAAAGCAGCACCGUCACGGGAGAAAAAAGUUACCCGCACCAUAAUGGCCAUCCUGGUAGCGUUUGUUGCCACUUGGACUCCUUACAACGUGAUGGUGCUUAUUAACACGUUUUGCUCUAGCUGUAUCCCCAACACAGUAUGGACUAUUGGUUACUGGCUAUGCUAUAUCAACAGCACCAUUAAUCCGGCCUGCUACGCCCUGUGCAAUGUCACAUUUAAAAAGACAUUCAAACAUCUUCUUCUCUGCCAAUAUAAGAAUAUUAGGUCAGCCAGAUAAACACAGAUCGCUUGGCAGGAACCACAGAUGGAUGAGUCGUGUGUCUAUGAUUGUGUGUUUGUGUGUGUCAUCCAUGAACAUGUGUAUCUGUGCCUAUGAAAGAGGUUUGUAAGCAUCAUAAAGACUGCAAGAGUACCUUUGCCAUCAUUCAGCCAUUAGUUUUCCAAAUUCUCUCAAUAACCGGUUGUAGCACUUUACACAAAUUCAACUGAAGCCAGUUGCAUUGAGAUAUGUUUGCAGAAACAGUGUAGAUAAGAAAGGUUGUGAGGUAAACAAAAAAGGGUUACUGAAUGCCUAAAAAAGAAAAGGGGGUGUAAAGCAGGGGAAAGGAAGUGAGACUGAUCCGAUGAAAAAUGAACAAAGGUAAAGAGCAGAGGAAUAUCUCUGCUGUAAGAAAACACAAGAAAUCUUCAAAAUGGGAAAAUAGGGCUGACUGAAUUUACAAACAUCAGAAGUUUGAAGUUCAGAAAAGAUACCUGUAGAUAACUGUAAAUAUCACUAUGUAAUUAUGUGUGUGAGUGCAGAAGUAGGUGGGUGCUGGCUCUGCAUUUGUGUGCACACGUGUGGCCCUCUGCCUGCCUUCUUUCUGUGAUCAUCAUCAUGACACCUCCAAUCACUCACAAAAUUUGUACAUUAAAAAAAAAAAAGCAAUUAAAAUCCACUGAAGCAGCUGAUAAAGAUUGAAAAUACUCAACAGCAAAACUUAAUUUGAACCAGUCAGAUAAAUCCAUUAUUCUGCUAAUUGAGGAUGGAUCCCCAUUGAGGAUGUAAAUAUGCUCGUUCACAUCAGUGAUGGAUGGGAAGACUAUUAGCGCUCAUGUUUGUUGAGAUGAAAAUGGGACCAGGAGACAGUUGCUGUAGCUUAGUGUAGCACAAAUAAUGGAAACAAGGGGGAAAUGGCUGAUUAACGUGCUCUGUCAUUUAAUCUGCACAUGUAAAUGCAAACAGCAACGAGGAGGAGGAUCUUAGAGUAGAGCGCUUGCUUCUUCAAAUUGAAAGAAAUCACUUGAGCUGGUUGGGAAUGCCCUGCAGACCCCCAGAAAGGUUCAUGGUAAUCACCAAGGCGAGCAAGAUCUGCACAAUUUUGAGUUGACUGCCACUCGGUCUUGGAUCCAGAUAAGAGGUAGAAAAUGGAUCGGACUGGAUGUAAAGAACAACAUGAUGUUUUCUGAGGGUCUAUGUAUGAUACUACCUUUUUUUGUUGUUGUUGUUUGUUUGUUUUUAUCUCGGGGCAGUGAUUUUUGUCUUGCUGUCAGUGUGAGGAAGUCACUGCACACAGCCAAAGAGUAGUCUCAAAGAGUAGUCUGUCAUAUACCAUUAGAAGGGAUAACUAAAUGGCUGUAGCUGAAAGGCAAACAAACAGACCCAACUGCAGUAGCUAUAAAUAGCUAUAAAAAAUAAAUUAAAAAUGUGGCAUAGCUUGCUCAGUCGCUCUUUUGUCGCUCAUGACAGCUAUGAAGAAAUGUGUUUUUGCUGUCAAGAUAUUCACCGCUGAAAUGAAACUUCCUUCUCAGUGAGUGAAACAGGUGGUUGGAGCUCAGAGCUGUUUUUUCUUACCGUCUGUGGGAAGGCACUUUGAGUGGGAGACGUCAUCUGAUCAUGCUGAUUAGUGGAUUGAUGUCACAGCGUGCUCUGUACUGUACUGAUGAUGAUUGCGAUUGCGAAGACCUAGGUGUGUGUGUGGGGUACGCUUGUGUGUGGCUGUAUACAUGCGGAGUUUGUCUGUGCACUCCAUGAGUGGAGUUUACUUCUGAUCACAGGUCAUAGACUCGUGAUUUUUCUGUUUUUUAAAAAAAGGGCUAUUUACACCUUUUGUGUUUUGUGACUUUUUUUAUUUUACCACUGUUCAAUUAUUAUAAACACACACACUCAUAUACACACACACACGUACACUUGUGUUAAUGAAAUGAAAAAUGGAGAAAAAUAUAUUUUUCCAGUACAACAUGUUCUGUGUGCUCAUACAUGUCAUCCAUCACUUAAGCCUCGAGAUCCUCGUUUAUACUAAUGUGCGCUCACCAGUUGAUCUGAUUAAUACGCAGGAGAAAUUGCCACGAGGAUGUUGCCACAUUGGCUGGUAGGUGGGCUUUUUUUUGCAAAGAAUUACGCCUGCACCAAAUAGCUACUCAAGGCUGUCUCCUUAAAGAGAAAUCUGGGACAGAUCCUAUAAUGAAAACUCACCAUGAGGCUGAUCAGAUUAUGGGACGAUGUGGAACACCUACAUUUGAGAUUAAAGAUUGCCCAUUAUACGCUCAGCUUGCUACAAGCCCAUGCCCCACUUAGUGCUCCACUCAACCCUGAUCCUGUUAUAGUCUCUUACUCUUUUAAGGCCAUGAAUGUAAUGUACAUAUAAAUGUAUAUUUAUAUAGUCAUUUUCAUAUAUUAUUUCAUUGUAUCUUUCAUUUUUCUCAAUGUAUCACCUUAUUUCCAGCUACUACACCACUGAUGUAUGCUCUGUUCAUUUCAAAUCAGUCCAUAUAUGUAUUGAGACUUCGAGCAGCAGUAUGUAUUCUGCCACGAUCGGGUGGGGAUAGAGAUUAAACAAGAAGGUCAAAGCACAAAAUUACAGUGCAGAGGAGAGUAGUGAAAGUUUGGAGUUACAGUCUUUUAUGGAUAUUUUUAUUCAAAUGACUUUCAGAGACAUUAGAAGGUUAGAAAUAAUGAUAUUUAGUUCAAAUUAAAAUUUGCCUUUCAUCAAAGAAUCAUCAAUUUUCACAUUCUCGCAGGCAUUUGACAAUCUAGUGGCCAAUUUGCCUAGAUAAUCUGGAAAUAUGUUACACCCCAUGUUCCUUGAAGCAACCCUCAUAAGUUAGAUUGACUUGAUGGCACUGUUUAGGUGUCAUACAGUCAAAACUGUUCCCGCAGCUGCUCAGCAGGUCUGGGAUCCAGUGGUUUUGCUGGACUCUGCAUCGUAGACAGAACACCCGCUGACUGCCUCUAUUCGCAAUGAAGUGAUUGCCUGCCUUGCCCAGAAAAUCCUCACAUUUCUUUCAGCAUCCAUGAAAGAUGGCAUCAAGGGCUCCCACAGCAUCUUUCUACUUGUUCUGCAUCUUCUAAAUCUUCUUUUUCACCAAGACACCUGAACUAUAAUGCUCUGAUAUAGGUCAUUGUGUCUUAGUGGUGCGUUCAUAUCUAUUUAUCUUUUAACAUUGGCACAAAAUGUUUUGUCAUUCUUUUAAAGUUCUCAGUAGAAAUGCAAAGUAGUGUAAAACAGAAAAAAAUUAAACCACCUCAGAAUUUUGCUUUUGAGGUUUGAGCAACAGAAGGGGAAAAAAACCUAACUGUUCCAUAUUUAUCUAAACACCUCCAGCAGGAACUCAGACGUCCAUCAGAGCAGCCAUCCUUUUCGAUGAUAAGUGGAGCCAUGUCUGUCUGACAUCUGUCACACAUCUUAGAAGUGAGUAAAGACCCUUCCAGAAUAACUAAUCUUUGCUAAGCUGUCAUUUGAGUGAUACCAGCAGGAGACUAAGUGGCUCACAGCUCAAGUGGUGGUCUAGGGGUCUCAGCUUGAGCAGCUGUGUAGGUGUUUGAUGGAAGGCGAUGGCAGUUUAUCACCUCCCGGAGCGGGAAAAGGGCAAAAUGCAUCCAACAAAAUAAACGUGUGUACUUUGAACAUUAGGGCCAUUAAGCCAUUUCACUCAUCCUGGUCUUGUUGCCACGUUGUCAAACACUUGAGAACUAAAAGACGUUCUUGUAUUAGGGCUUGACUGGAAAUGGUCAACGUGGGUGGGGGUUAGGUGAGGAAUGCACCCUUAUGACAGAGAGAAAGUGCAACACAUAGUGACAGUGAAAGAGUACAGCUGUCGUCCAUAUAACGGAGAAAGCAAGCUGAUGGCUCCAAGGUGUUCUUUGUACAUGUGAAACAGCAGAUAAUCGUGGUUACGAGAGUGAGACAUAGAAAGGGCGGAGAGAGUAGGGUCUGUUCAGUGACAAAAUCCAAAGCUAGAGGAUCACACCGCAGGUGGACCAUGUUUGGAGAAGUCCCAGCCAUUCUCAGCAGGUCAGCCAAAGGUUUUCCUGCAAGAAUUUUAGUGUCCCGGUCCCAAACCUGCCACUGUAUGUAAACAGAGUGACACGGCACCGUUUACUGUCGCUCCUAUGCUUUUAUUUCAUCUCAUUCUCAUGCCGUGCAAACGCAAUUCAUAGUUUCUCACUGUUUUCAAGCAUUUUAGCAUUUUAUCAGUGAUUUCAAAUGCAUUUAUACAUACCUUGAUGUCCAUGACCAAAAUAAACAUAGUCUCUCUCUAUAUUGUAAUAGUCAUCAUAUCGUGUUGUGCCGUCAGAGCUAGCUGGGCUCCUGUCCAUACGGCUUAUGUCAAAGGGCUACAUUCCUUUUUUAAGGAGUACAUGUGACACGCAACGUUUAUCAGAGACAACUUUAAAUUUGAGGUUUCUCUGGCUUCACUCUUGGGGCCGUUGCUGAGAAUAAUCUCAACAGUCUUGUGCAACCAAGCAGAUACGAAGACGCAGCAGCUUGUGCAUGCUGUGAGAUUUUAUUCAGAGACUGAAAGUUUAUAUCGCCGGAUUGUACAGAGCAAUUUGAAGUGCCUUAUCCAGAAUGACAUAAACAAAUUGCUCUUUUAUCCUAAAAUCCCUGUUGCUUCUUCAGAGUGUCUGGCCUGAAAGUUGUGGAUCGUGCUGCUGUGUGAUGCACGUUAAAGAGCGUGUUUGUCAGCCUUCCUGAUUUUAUUUAUUUAUUGAUAUUAUUUUGCCAGCUCUGGGCUACCAUCACUAUAAGUUUUAGGUUAACAGGAGUCCCCUGUUUCGACUGAACGAGCUAAAGAAUUGAAAUGAUGUAAAAAUUUCCACAGCUAAAUCAGUUUGCAGGCACAGUGGGCUUUUUUAGUGGACUGCCAAUCCUUUAUGUAUGUAUUCUAAAUUGUCUUCAAAGGCAUUGUACUUUUACAUGCAAAACCUAUGUGUGUGUCUUUACGUUGAGAUCAGGGGUCAUCAUUCAUUCGUGUGUGUCUGUGUGUGUGUGUGCAUGCAACUUGCUGUGUGGUGGUUUAUUUUUUUUCUAACUGGCAUCCUCAGCAUGAACUCAUCAGACUGGAUAAAAUAUCAUAACGCACAUCAGGACAGAUUCAGUCAGAGUGAUUACCUAUUUCUUUGUCAUCACUUCUUUCUCUUUCAACAGCAAAAAGCUUCCAAAGACUCACUGAGACACAGAAUUCCAUGGAAGAGACAUGAUAUACAUACAUUUUCUAUCACAUUUUGUAAAUCUGAACCUUUUAUCAUUGUACAAAGUACAAAUGUAGUAUUACAAAUUAGAAUUUGACCAGUGUACAGCCAGGGUUUUUGGUUUUUUGGGGUUAAAAAAUGAUUAAUAAAAAAUCUAUAAAGAUGUGAGUAUUAUAAACUGUGUUUCUAAGAUUAUAUAAGUGCAAAGGUAGAAGGUAUAAAUAUGUGCAUUUCUGGAGUGCGUCAUUUGAAGAAAUGGAUUCUUGCCUUGGGAACUGAGUGACUGAAUCCAAACUUUUACACAAUGGAAAAACGUUCCAGGGGAUUUGAAGAAUGACUUGUGCAGCCAGAAAGAGGAA